AUGCUGGGCCUGGACGCGUGCGAGCUGGGGGCGCAGCUGUGGGAGCGGCUCCGGCGGGCGCUGUGCGCCCCAGUCCUUCUGACAGAAAAGGAAGGGGCGCAGCUGCCGCCCGAGGAGGUGCUGGACGAGGCUGUGCCCGGGUACCGGGCCCCAGGGAGGAAGAGCCUCCUGGAGAUCCAGCAGCUGGACCCGGACGAUGAGAGCCUGGCCAAGUACAAGCGGGUGCUCCUGGGCCCCCCGCUGCCGGCCGUGGACCCCAGCCUGCCCAACGUGCAGGUGACCAGGCUGACUCUGAUGUCUGAGCAGGCUCCCGCGCCCAUGACCAUGGACCUCACAGGGGAGCUGGCUGCACUGAAGAACCGGGUGUUCGUCCUGAAGGAGGGGGUUGAUUACAGAGUGAAGAUCACCUUUAAGGUCAAUCAGGAGAUUGUCAGUGGCCUCAAGUGUCUGCACCACACCUACCGCAGGGGCCUGCGAGUGGACAAGGCUGUGCACAUGGUGGGCAGUUACGGCCCAAGAGCCCAGGAGUAUGAGUUUGUAACUCCGGCGGAGGAGGCGCCACGGGGCGCCCUGGCGAGGGGCGCCUACGUGGUCACGUCCUUCUUCACGGAUGACGACAGGGCAGACCACCUGUCCUGGGAGUGGGGCCUCCACAUCUGCCAAGACUGGAAGAGCUGA